ACAGUAGCGUACUUCAGCGACGGUAUGCGCAGUUGUUGAUUGGGCAUUGGGAUCAUCACCGCUCCGUCAAGGAGUGGUGUUUGUUCGGUAGAUGGGAUGGGCGGCGUCAUUGUAAAGGUGGGAGGACGUGAGGCCCAUCGUGUGGUGGACGAUUGUGGUUCAACCACGGUUUGUCGACUAUUGCUCACACGGUUGAGGGGUCUUCGAUACCCCAUCAACUACGCGACGAGUGCAUGCAUCCAUAUUGCAUCACCAUCAUCUUUGAGCUACCAUGGACGUAGAUUAACAUAUGACUUUUCAGUCGAGCUCUCUUGACAACUCGAAAGACACGCCGGCAUAUACUCACUGUGACUGCGAUCAUAGCUUCUGUCGAUGGCAAACCCACGACAAUGUCGUUAAACACCUCAUCUACUCAUUUGGUAGGACAAGCCCCCGCUCAGCCGAAGAGGAAAAAGCUCUUGCCACUUGCAGAAGAGCAGCGGCAGCUGAACCGAUUACGAUGAAGUGGGCUUCCGUACAACGCCGCUACGGAUUGAUUGCUCGCCUUCUGCUCUCCGGCUCAUUUCCACUCAUCUAUACGUCUUCUCGCCCAGAUGGUUGCCUAGAUCGUUUUACCGUCUUCAUCAUCUGGAGGACUUCUGGAUGUUAUUCCACCCCCAUCGCGAUGGUUGUAAGCCUCGUCAUCGCUAGUAGCCUGAUGUUGAAUUAAGCUCUAGGCAGCAGCGAAGAUGAGACGAGGGCACCGUCCUUCUGUUAGCCCAGCUGCCUAAAUGGGAAGAUAUC